ACUUCAAACAGCCAAACCGUUUCCAAACGCAUUUCCCGCUUGUCAGAUAACGCUGCUAACGAACGAGACGCGGUGUACGGAAAAAUACAUAAUUUCUAUACGAUUAAAUCCAUUAAACGAUGGUGCGAACUAAAGUGUCUCGUGCGGCUACCAAGCGGGGCCAAAACAGUUCCGAUUCGAAGCUGUACAUCGAAAUGAAGCUCCGGGAUUUCGAUGUCAUAUCGGAUUGCCAUUUGACCAACAUCGAGCUAAAGUACCAGAACGACAUGGACAAGCUGAAUCGUGCGUUUGAAGUGCUGCGUUCCCGUAUACCGAAAAAUCUUCUCUCACUCACGAUGGGUGACCUGCGAGCCAUGCAAAAAGUAACACAAGAACUAAACACAUCGGCCCCACUGAAUCAAACCGUUAGUGCCAAUAUGAGCGCACUGCUGGAGAAAUCUUGUCGCAAAAAAUCGAAAGACGAUGGUUACCUUACAGAGGAAAGCGAACAGGGCGAUACGUACCGGGUCGGGUCGCUCAAGCCCUCGUCCAAGGCGCGCUUCGGCCCGCUAAUGUCGGCCAAAAUUAGGCGUCGCAGUAAAUCGACCAGUUCCAUCACAACGCCCCAGGUCAACCGUACCCUGUUUACCGUAGCGCAGAGUGCAAUGGCGGCAAGAACGCAGCCAGCAGCCGGCCUCGGUUCGGCAAUGAAGCCGCUUGCGCCGCACACGGAGCGUGCGUCGCGAUCGAAGCAAAAAACGUCCCCAGCACUAACACGACCGAAGGCGAUGAGUGCUGACCGUGGGUACGGGGUGAUUACGCCGAAGGUACAACCGUGCGCAGCACUCGCCAUGAUGCGGCAUGCAAAGCAGGGAGAGUCUGUGUUUUCGAUUACCGGUAGCCCGGUAGUUACGGCCAAUAUGCUCGAAUCAAGCGCUAACGUGAACAUUCCCGUAUCGAACGGUAUGCUAGCGAUCAGGCCCACGGAGCUAGACGUUAUCGAUCAGUCACUGCUUCGCAAGAUCGAUCCGACUGUGCUGGUAGAGCUGAAGCAGCUACAGCUCAAUCUGGACAAAAUUAUGGGUGCUCUCAAUCUUUCCUAAUGCGCAGGUUUACUUACCUUCGUUUGCGUUGAAUGCUACUGAUAGCCUACUUUGAUAUCUGCAUGGAUACAUACCGCGCCGCCCCGCCCCUCUUUGUAUUACUUCAUUGUUUGUAAGCCAUUCUCAUGACAUUUUUUUCGUAACUGAAUAAACGAUCAAAGCUAGACGUAA